UUCCAGUUGACCCCGUACGAUCCGCUUCCGGUUCACGUGCGUCAUCACGUGGUGUCGCGCGGUGGAUUGUGGGCGCUCUACCCACCACCACCACCCCCCAUCAAGCCAAGUGGUCUCCCCUUUUGAUUGACGACUCCGGCCUCGCCAUGAGUCUGUGGGACCACAACGACUACCUGGAGGAGCCCAGCGAUGACGAGGAAAACCAGCUGAGUAGCUCGGAGGACGAGGUGGACGUCCUGCUGAACGGUCCGGCCAAGCGGAAGCGCCGCCUCAUUCGCGAGGUGCUCACGGGAGAGAGCGAGUCGUCCAGCGACGAUGAUUUCGUCAAGGAGAUGGCAAAGGAGUUGGACUCGACUGUGCGCGAGAUCACGGCCGUCUGGGCUCCACCACCGGUGCCGGCGAUCGAUGGAGAUGGCAAUCAACCGGGAGCCUCGGUGGGGACGGGCGACGCCACCAGCGCCACGGACCCCGAGUUCUACGACGACAUUUACUUUGAGACGAGCUCGGAGGAAGAGGCUACCGAGGGAGGUGUGAGCGCACGCAAGAAGAAAAAGUUGAAGAAACGCAAGGAGGCGUCGCGCCGUGUGCUUACCAACGAUGAACUCAUGUACGACCCGGGCAUGGACGAUGCCGACCAGGAGUGGGUGGACAAGCAGCGUCGCCGGUACCGCGGGUUGCAGAGCGGGAGGGCGGACGGGAAAGCGGAUGAGGAGACGCCCUCCAGCGACGCUGUGCUCAACUGCCCCGCGUGCAUGACCACGCUGUGCCUCGACUGCCAGCGGCACGAGCUGUACAGUCACCAGUACCGCGCGAUGUUUGUGCUGAACUGCACGGUGAACCGCUCCGAGGUGCUGCGCUACCGCAUGACGCGGCCGCGCGGAAAGGGCAAGCAGAGGCGGCGGAAGGGGGCCACCGGCACUGAGGAGGCUGCCGCCAACGCCGGGACCUUCCACGCGGUGGCGGGAGGCACGGGGAAGGAGGCGGAGGAAGAGGAGUACUUCCCGGUGACGUGCAACGAGUGCCAGACGGAAGUGGCCGUCUUCGACAAGGAAGAGGUCUACCACUUCUUCAACAUCAUCGCCAGCCACUCGUAGGGUCACAAUCGGGUACCCGUACCCUACCCGAUACCCGGCUACCCGUACCCGGCCGGGGAAAUGAGUGACAAAUGGUUACUCACCAGUGACUCACGGCCUACCCGUACCCGGCCGCACCAGGGUCGCAAACGGCUACCCGUACCCGGCUGGGUACGGGUAGCCGGGUAUCGGGUACCCGGUUGCGACCUCUGGGCCCCGGUGGCUGCCCCUCCGCUCACUGCGUGGAUGGGAGAAAAGUCAAAAUUUCAGUCGCAAAUCCCAAAAGACUCGGGACAAAGGUCACCUCGUACCUCUGUUAUAAUCACACGUUUAUUCUUACUUCGAUAACCUUAGUUGAUUUUGUUUCUUUCACGUAGAGUAUCCCAUGUGGUGCUUUGUUGGUGUUGCAGACAACAGAGGCUGAUUGGACUUGGGUAAAGACUCAUGUGUGAGGCCUUUGCAGCAAAAGCCAUUGUUAUAUUGUAAUGUACUGUACUCCCAUGUCUAUGUCCCCACAUUCACCAACCUGCACUGACUAGUGUGGUGAGAAGUAUCGUCAAAUAUCCCCCACCACCAGCACGCUAUGGGGAGGCUUUCAUCCAGCUGUGAGUUAACAAAAGGACUGUACGCGGGUACACUUCUUACAUUUGAGAAACGGCUUCAGCUCAUUACUACUUCCAGGGGCUCAAAUACUGCAUCAACAGUGGUACGGGCUUUGAUGUGAACAUUAACACGUUCCUUCAGAGUGAGCAGGUAGGAACUUGGUUGGACAGCGCAUUCGUGCGAUCCGUGUCACGCGGCGCGUCACGUGGUGCUGAGCCCGCCCGAAGCGCUCUAUGAAAUACAAAUCGAGGGCGGGGCUAUGCUCGCCAGACAGACAGACAAAUAAUCCCUGGUGGGCAGUGUGGAACUGUUGUUCCUACCUGUAACAUUUCGUCAACAAGAACCAGCCACUUUGCACCUUUCAAAACUGUCAAAAGUGUAAUUGUUAGAAUCGGUGAUGCUGCAUUUAAGAGGGGCACCUGCAUGUACGUAUGUUGAAUCUCUUUCGCACCAUAGGUAGCCAACCGUGCUAAUCGGAGGUGCACCGAUAGAUUCAGAGUCCUUUUUGUAAGUCCACUGUUGGAUGAGGGUCUCCCUCCCCCCCUCACACUGAAGAUGAUGGGGGUUAAAUUUCGAUUUAAAGCUUUCGUGACUGCAGGGAUUCAUCUUCUUGGUUCUUUCGGUAAAGUCACGUAGAAGGGAAAUAAUAAAAUAAUUAAAAUCAAACAUUUAAUU